AUGUACAUUAUGUUUUUCUUCUCUUUCAAUCGUACUCAAGUGAUCUAUACAUUGAAUACGAAAGUUGACGAACAUGAAACUUAUGUAUCGAAUUUAAAACAAGCGUUUGAACAGGAAAAAGCCGCUUUGGCAACAAACGCUUCAGCUCGCAUCGAUGAUUUACUUCAACGUGUCGAGAAACUUUCUUCAAUUAAAACAACACAGAAUUCUCUGUAUGAAAACAAGAUUCAUAUGCUUGAAUCCGAGAGACAAAAUCAAGCUAACGAACUCCUGCGUGUUCAACAGUCAGCAGUUGAACAUGAACACGAAUUAGCGGAAGAUUUCCGAGCAAAAAUUUCUACACUCAAACAAGAGAUAAAUCGUAUAAAACAGAUCUACGAUGAUCAGUUAACAAAUCUGAAAUGUGGACACAAACAAGCAUUAGAUCAACUUCACGAGAAACAUCAGCUGGAAGUGGAGAAAUUAAAAGUUGAAAUGAAACAUCUAUUCGAUGUGGAAAGCGAAGCUCAGACGAAGUUCUUUUCUCAAACUAUUGAAGAUCUUAAACGCGAACAUAAUGAUCUGCUGACGAAACAACGAGAUCAACAAUUGACACAGAAUGAAUUAGGACAGGAGUAUAUGAAGGAGAAGCAACAAUUAGAAAAACGAAUUCAGAUGUUCGAAGACCAAAUCGAGCAGAUUCAAAGUAAAUUUCAAUUAGAAUUUACUGAGCAAAAGCAUCAAUUGGAAACAAAAAUGAACGAUUACACAAAACUACAAAGUGAAUUCGACGAAUACAAGUUGCAUUAUAAAACGAAUUCAAGCAAUCUUACCGAAAUCCACGAACAAUUCAUUAAACAAAAAGAUGAAUGUGAACAAUUGAAGCAAAAAUUAGACAAAACCUAUGGCGAGAUGAACUCAGUCAAGGAGAAACUUCAUAAACAAUCAACUGAAUUGGAUGAGAAAUCAAAAUUGAUUAAAGAGAAAGAAGCGUUCGGUCGUCAAUUAGAAGGAGAUUUAACAAGUUGUCGGAAAGAGCUACAACUAGCAUCAGAUCGUUUACGGCACAUGCAGGAAGAUCAACACACACAACUGACACAAUCGGAAUCAACAACAAACUAUCUUGAACGACGGAUACACGAAUUGGAUAAAACAAUCCAUGAAUUGACAUUAGAAAAGCAGCAGAUAAUGGUUAAAUACGAUCGGGAACUAACAGACCUGCGUGAAACUUAUGAAAAUCAAGUGGAAUUAUGCAAGAAGGAAAUGCAAAACGAACUUCAUCGUCUAACUGAACAUCAGCAACAGUUAAUAACUGACGAACAGACGCGAGGACGAACAAAUUUACAAGCAAAAGAACAAGAACUUCGUCAACAAUUCGAAACGGAGAAAAAUGAUCUUCUCGCUCAAUGGAAAGCGGAAAUCAAUCUAAAUAAAUCUGAACAGAAUGAGAUUAAUCAACAAUUGAAUCAAAUCAAAGAUUCGUAUAUGAAACAAAUCGAUCAAUUGAAAGCACGUUUAGAAGAUACUGAAAAUAAAUUUUCGAAUAUUGAUAAAGAACUUGCCGAAAGUCAAGUAUCGAAUAAAGAAUACAAGAAACAAAUUGACAAACUUCAAGCCGAUCUCGAAAAGCAAUUGAAAAGCGCACAACAAUUUCAAAUAGAAUGCGAUCAUUUGAAAAAACACUGUAAAGAAUUGGAAAUACAUUCGACCACAGAGUUGAAAGAUAAAAUCGAUAAGUUAGCCAUGGAAUUAAACGAUAAAUGGUCAAAGAAAUUGAAAACGGAUUGCGAGAAGAUUCGUAAAGAAAUAACUCAACAAAAAGAUGAAGAAAAACAGAAGGCAUUAGAAGAGUUACAACGACAAAAGCAAAACGAAUUAUUAUCCACACAGAAUCGAAUUGAAGAACUCGAACAACAAAUUUACCAGAUGAAGAAUGAAGCGUUGACUGAGCAGCAAAAGUCGAAAGAAGACGCUUUGGUUGCAUUACAAAAUGCCAAUGAAGAUAAACGUCGUGCGAUCAAUGAGUUUCAAAUGCGUAUACAAGAUCUGACAACACAAAUUCAACGACUAGAAGCGAAGACCAAAGAAGAUUCCCUCGAACAGAAACUGCAAUUGGAAAAAGAACAUCUCAAUCAAAUCAAUGAAUUGAAGAAUCGUCAAUUGGAAGAUAUUCGAGGACAACAAUUGGCUUACAAUACACAUUUGGAAACAGUACGUGCUGACCACGAACGUGUAUUGACGUUAGAAAUUGAAAAAAUUAACGUUCAGCACCAGUCGAAUCUCGAUCAACAACGAAAAGAAUUGGCUAAAUUACAUUCGAGUGAAUUAGAGGAGAAAGAACGAGGUCAUGUCAAGGAAUUAGCAGCUGUGCGUUUACAACUGGAUCGGGCGUUGGAAAUCGCGAAAAUCAAGGAACGUGAAGCUGACUUACGUAUUGAAGAUUUGACAAGUGAUCUUACUACGAAAAAAAAUCGUAUCGAUAGUUGUCUACGAGAUAUACGUGAGCUGGAAAGUCAAAUAGAACAGUUGCAUAGCGAAGCAAAUUUACGUAGUAAAGAACUUCAACGUGUUCGAAAUGAAGUUCAAAAAGAAAUGAAACACCGGGAAGAGAAAUUACGCAACCAGAACGAUGAGAAAAUUCGUGACCUUAUCAAAGCACAUGAAACUGAAGAGAAACAACUGUUAGAAGAAUUCACCAAAGCGCACGAUCUACUCAAAGCACGCAUAACAGAACUUCAAAUGAAUUAUAACGAAGCGGAAGAACGCUAUCGUAGGCGUGAAUCUCGUGCUGAAGAUCUCGAGUUAAUCUCGACACUUCAGCAAACGAUUGCUUCAUAUCAAGAACAACUGAAAAAGAUUCAUGACGAAAAGAAACUUCUUCAGAUGGAAUUAGUCAAUCGAGAGACGAACUUUAACAAAGUUUUCACUAACGCUCCAUCUUCCAGUGUGGGUGUUCUCAAUCCUUUAGCAUUUAAUACAAAAUUUGUGCCACGUAGUUCUGACGGAAGUGUACCAUCCCGUCUAAAAUCUCAAUCACCUCGUCCAACUAAACUCGAGCCAUUAGUUCCGAACGGCGAAGCUCCACCUGAUUUGACAUUGAAAUCGAAUAAGCCGUUAUUACCUAAGCGUUUCGUGAAAUAG